AUGAAUCAAGCUUGUAGAGUUCAAAAAAAAGAAGAGGCAAAGGAAUACUGUAAGUUUGAACCCUAAUUUUGAAUUUGAGACAUACAACACCUCGGCUUCUCAUGCCUUAAUCUUGUCUCAAUGUGGUUGCCAUUCGAGGCAAAUUGAUAUUGAGGCUAUUGAAGCCAACAAUUCAUGAGGAUGGACCAAGUCUUCAGCUUAUUUUUUAAGUAAUUCAAGAGAUACAAAAACUAGGAAUUUGAUUGGUCUGCUGCCCACACCCAGCCAGCAAUAGACUGCUCUCUUUUGUAUAACUAGUCUUGGGCAGUGAGCUGCCAUCCAAAGCACUUCCCAAGAGCUCCUCUUGUGGUGGCAUGAUAAGUGCCUUCCUCUGUACUAUACCUUGGAAAUGAAAAAUACUGAAAAGAAGACGACUUGAAAAGUAAGUAAAGUUAAGUGGAGUAGUGGCAGAGUUUCUAUAAACCAAAGAAAAUGAAGAGUCAGGAGCCCAACUCUAUAUAAACCAGUUGGUUACAGUUCAUGUCAAUCAAACUUCAUUGCCAUAGAGCCUAUGGCAUCUGCUAACUUAAGCUUGAAACUUCUGAUAGACACCAAAGACCACAAAGUCCUGUUUGCCGAAGCUGGCAAAGAUGUUGUUGAUUUUCUGUUCAGCAUUCUCUCUUUGCCUGUUGGUACUGUAACCAGACUCCUCAAGGAAAAAGGAAUGGUGGGUACACUUGGAAAUCUAUACCAGAGCAUAGAGGAUUUGAAUGAUGCAUAUAUGCAGCCCAACCAAAGCAAGGACACUCUACUGAUGCCAAAAAUUGCUAACCCAGCUACAAACAUGCCUCUCCUGUUGCCCGAUGUCGUGUCAUCAACAGAUAAUCCUUUCUAUAGGUGCAAUGGUAACAGCUACAGUAACUGUCGCGUUUAUGUGUCAAAUGAUCCAAAUGUUGUCUGUCCUCAAUGCCAGCACCUCAUGAACUUCCAGGCCACCUAUGUUAAGAAACCAAAUAAGGGUGCAUCAUCGUCUACUGAGGGUGGGUAUGUGAAAGGGGUGGUGACAUACAUGAUAAUGGAUGAUCUAGCAGUGAAGCCAAUGUCUACGAUUUCUAGUGUUACUCUCCUCAACAAGUUCAAUGUCAAGGAUUUGGGUGCUCUUGAAGAAAAGGAGGUCAAUCUGUCUAUGGAUGAGGUAUAUUAUCGGUCUAGCAAGCUUUAAACUGGAUAAAGUGCAUGAAUUGAAUUUUUAGUAUAUUUUGGAAUUAAUUAAUUUGACUUAUUGACAGGGUUUGAAAUUGUUGAAGGCUUCUUUGUUGACCAAGAAUGUGCUUACUGAUGCUUUCCUUGCUUGACUAAGAAGGGGACAGAGUAACUAACGACUUGGGUUAAAUAAGUUUUAGAAUUCUGUCUGAAGUAAGGUAAUUGGGAGUAUGAUAGUUGGGUCUGUACCUGCAUGAA